AGUUCGCUGAAGCUGUGAAAGGGAAAAGGGAUCCGGUCGCCUUUUCUCUUUAAAAUACUGCGUGGGCUGCAGUAACUAACCGCACAGAUGCAACAAUGUCUCUUUCACGCGUGGGGAUCCACUGCCAGAGAGAAAGAAUUUCGAUUCCGCCGCAUGUUUUAAAGCACAGUCGUUAUGUCACUGUAUUUGGAAUCCAGUAUCAUCUCUAUAUCCAAUACCAUUACAGGGAGUCAGAAGAAUGGGUGGAGAUAGAACAUGGCAUCGAGUGCAGGGAUUGUUCUGUUCAAUGUUGUAAUAGUGGAAGAGGAGAAGAUGGGCCAUAAAGUGAAGCAGGGUAUUGUGGGUACUAUGGCUACGGCAUCGCAGCCCCCCUACAACUAAUUGAUUCACCAAUGGAGUACAAGAUGGACCACGAGAGGCGAGGCUUGGCAUUAAUCUUCAACCAGGAAGUCUUUCCGGAUAGAUCUUUACAGGAACGCUGUGGCACAAAUAAAGACAGAGACAACCUCACGGAAAGAUUUCAAGCCUUAGGGUUUGAAGUAAACACUUACAAUGACAAAACUAAGAAGGAGGUGCUAACAGAAUUAUGUAAAGCUGCUGCAGCCAACCAUGCAGAUGCUGACUGCUUUGUCUGCAUUUUCUUGACUCAUGGCAAAGAAAGGAAAAUUUCCGCCUGCGAUGAUGACAUUGAUAUUAAGGAUAUAACAGAUCUGUUCAGAGGAGAUCAGUGCAAGAGCCUUGUUGGGAAGCCCAAGAUUUUCAUCUUCCAGGCAUGCGCUGGUGAGAAAUAUGAAGAUGCUGUGACCGGCAUGAUGGCAGGGGACAGUGAUGAUGAGGAAGAGGUAGAGGAAGCAGCUAACAUCUACACUGUCCCAGCAGGGGCAGAUUUCCUCAUGUGUUACUCUGUAGCAGAGGGAUUCCAUCAUGAAGAGUCUAGAACGUUCUACAUUCGGGAUUUAUGUGAAACACUGCAAGAGCAUGGCUCAACUAUGGAGUUCACCGAGCUCCUGACACUGGUCAACCUGAAGGUCUCCAGACGUCAAGUCACCUAUAAAGGUGAAAUAAAAAAACAGAUGCCCUGCUUCACCUCUUUGCUGACUAAAAGACUCUACUUUACAUGCAAGAAAUAGUAAAGCACCUACUCCCAGCGCAUUACUCAAUAAACAUUUUUGACUUUUUUUUUUAAUCAACAUUAACUAUGAUGUUUCCAAGUUAAAUACUUUUCAGCAGGCAUGUGUACGGUAUGAGCAAAAGUGUCUGAUUUUUCUUUAAAUGUGACUCAGUACCUUGUAUUAGUGUUACAAUACAAUACAACAUAAUUACUAUUAUAUCUGUUUUCUUUAACCUGUUGUUACAUAUGAUUCAUACUAUCACACUAUUACAGUGUAUAUGGUAAUGCGCUUAGAAUCUCUAUGACCAGUUCCAGUGUUGUACCAGUGCAUUGUGGAUGAAUAAAAACAGUCGCAAUCUC